AUGUAUAUCUUGACACACCUCUCACUCUCAGAUGCGAACGGAACCAAGUCUAGCAAAGGCAUCGUACUCUGCGACUACAAUGAGUACGUCAACAACGGGGAGUCCUGUAGACCCUGCCCCCCGGACACCUUCAUCGACAGCCGCGAACACACCCUGACGCGGUGCCACCCUUGCGACGCCAUCAAAAUAAACCAACUACCCAGCCGCUGUGUCGACGAGCAUUUCCUCUUCUACCUCAUCGUCCUCACCAUCAUCGGUCUUCUCCUGACCCUCAUCUUAACAGUCUUCGUCGUGAGAGCGAUCUUCAAUCGAUCCAAACCCAAAAGAAAAACAACAACCAGCGAGCUCAAGGACGAGUCGGAUAUUGAAAUCUCCAGCGUUUUGAAAAGAAACGUAAGUUCAGAAGAUGUUGACGCCAGUAUCUCUGAUGUUGGUGCUGGCAAAGUGGAGAACAGACAACCAUCGGAUAACCACUUGCUGUCGAGUAUACGACAGUAUUUUAUUGUAGAAAAUAAAAAAUUAAUCGAAUCGGAACCGCUGGUUCGAUUAGAAUCUUUCGACAAGGAGCCAGUGGAGAUGUUAGAAAAACAGUACAUUGGAUCUCGCGUGGAGGAGACUUCUAUCAACGACGACGAAGAAUCUGCGAUCGAGCUGGUUGAGGAAAGCUACCCCGCAUUGGGUGACGGUCCGUCGGGGGUCGAACCCCACAAUACCGAAAGUCCCAUCGCCGAAGAAGAGAUUACUCCGACUGCCGCGUCAUCGAGAGGCUCCCUAGGAGACACGGAAAACGUCAAGCGAUCGGAGUCGUCGAAUUUAGUACUUUCCACUACGCCGUCUGAGAAAUCGAUUUCUUCAAAACCAUCGAUGAUCCUCUCCCCAAAACAGUCGGGUACGCUAACUUCUACACCAUCAGCCACCCUGACUCCAAAACCAUCAGUUACGCUACUGCCAAGGCCGUCCGUCGAGACGACUCCAAAACUUAACAUUGGUUCCAGUGUGGACAGUUUUGAUUCUAGCGUAGACGAUGAGACAAAACCCAAGGAAAAGAAACCUUUAACAAGUAGCCUGGUCAAGAGGGACGGUAGAGGAUUGCCGUUGUCGUCGAAGGGGAAGAAAGUGAGGCUGUCUAUCCCCAUUGAACAGGAAGAGGAUGAAAACUGACAACCAGAUUACGACUACUACCAGAAACAUGAAAACACUCUUACACUCGGUACACGGACCAAGACUACAUUUAUUUGUGAACGCUGGGACGUCAGGGGCUCCAUAC